AUAGACUACCUCCUACCGCCACCCUUUCAACCCUCAUGUUCCUUAAUAAUCAACCCCUUCUUCUUUUCAAGAGAUACAUUUGUUAAUUCAACCUUAAAUUUUUCUCACAAUUUUUUUUUUUUUAACAAAAAAAUGGUCAUCUAGGUGUUUUUCUUAUUCUUCUUUUUUUUUUAAAUGGUCAUCUAGGUGUUUUUCUUAUUCUUCUUUUUUUUAAAAAAAAAAAAAACACUCAAAUUUUCUAGUGAUCACCUAGGUGUUUUUCUAAUUCUUCUUUUUUAACAAAAAAAUGGUCAAAAUGCCUAUUCUUUCAGAAGCUUAUAAGGAUCAUCCUGUGAAACAAAAUCUUAUCGUUCCUCUUGACUUUAGCUCAGUCAAAGAUGUUCCCGAAUCCCAUGCAUGGGCGCAAUGUUAUGAUGAUCCAAAAAUCAACCCUAAUGACAUUGAGAAAUCGUGGUCUUCAAUCUCUGUCCCAGUGAUUGAUCUCGAUGAUCCUAAUGUUGUAAACCUUAUUUUUAAGGCAUGUGAGACUUGGGGUAUGUUCCAAGUCACGAAUCAUGGGAUUUCAAAGGAAGUCCUCGAUCAAGUCGAGUUUCGAGCCAAAAGUUUAUUCAAUCUCCCAUUUGAGCAAAAGAUGAAGGUUGUACGACCCCCUGACGGAGCUACUGGCUAUGGCUAUCCUCGAAUCACACCUUUCUUUAACAAGCUAAUGUGGAAUGAAGGUUUCACUAUUAUGGGUGACUCCUUGAAUCACGAUGCCAAGGUACUUUGGCCUAAUGAUUUUCAAGAUUUUUGUGAAGUGAUAUCAGAGUACCAAACAAAAAUGAAGGACCUCGGUAACAAACUCAUGGGUCUACUUCUCAAAUCACUCAACAUACCCAAACCCAUUUUAGAAGGAAAAGAUCAAGACCUUUGUACUGCAUUGCAACUCAACUCAUACCCGACAUGCCCUGAUCCGACCCAAACAAUGGGCUUAGCCCAGCACACCGAUACCUUCCUCUUUACAAUCCUCCACCAAAGUGGCAAUACAAGUGGGCUCCAAGUACUAAAAGAUGGACUCGGGUGGGUCUCGGUCGACCCACAUCCGGGUGCUUUAGUGGUGAAUGUGGGAGAUCUUUUGCACUUAAUUUCAAAUGCAAGAUUCCCAAGUGCAAUUCAUAGGGCAGUUGUCAACAAUGAAAAACAAAGGUUAUCCAUUGCAUACUUCAUUGGCCCUCCUUUAGACUUUGAAGUCUCUCCCUUUUUGGAUUAUCCAAAUUGUGAGGGUCCUUGUUUUAGGUCUUUAAAGGUGAAGGAAUAUGUUAGCAUUAAGUCUAAGUACCUUGAUUUGGCACUCUCCAUUGUUAAAAAAAGUGGCUAAUUAGGAUAAAUUAGA